CAUUCCUUCCUCCCCUCUCCCAACCCAAAGCACACGCAACUGCGCGCAGCCGGAUCGAGCUCAAAUAGGAUCGCCAUCAUCGAUCAAAGCCGCCAGGGCUCCUUGUUGCCUUAUACAAAAAGACAGAGGAAUCAAGAUAAUUGAAGAUGUCCCGGUACGUGGAGAUGCUGGACAUGGGCGUGCGCAUCGCGGCGAGGUUCCACUCGCACUGCCCGCAGACGGCGCGCAUGUACUACAAGCCGCCCUCCACGUCCACGUCGGCGGGCGGCAAGGGCGCCGAGGCCGCGUCCACGGACCGGAAGGCCGCCUCCGCAGGCUUCGACUACGACGCCGCGGCGUCGGCGUCUGCUGGAUUCCGGCCCUUCGCCGGCGGCUCGGCAGGGUUCGGCGCCGGCGCCGCCCAGACGGGGUUCGGCUUCGACACCGCGCAGGUCGUCAUCUACGAGGUCGUAUGAGGACCUGAGGAUCGAGUCGAGGAUAAGUAAGAACGACGAGGAGUUCUCAGGAGAGAUUGUUUCUCCCCGACCCCGAGGAUAAUUUUUUUGCGGCCAAGGAAUUUGACCAUACUUGUGUACGAUACGAUGACCCCCAUUCAAUUCUUUAAUUCUUUUGUGUUCGUCCAUGGCGGAAUGGAUCAAGGAAAGGAUUUUUCUUUCUUAUACUACUUGGCUUUGUGCAUGGGUAUUACAAGCAUUCAUGUGUCCGUCUGGUUGAUUGUCAAAUCUGUCACCGCCGAAUCUAGGAAGGCUUGUACGAUGAUCGGCGGAGAA